CGCGGUGCGUUGUCUGAUAAGAUUAAGUGUAUAUAAGGAAGCUUCGCGGAGUCCGCGCCCCGCCAGUGCCCGCAGUCCAUCGUCCGCCGCCACCAUGACCACCACAAGCUGGGCCGUCGUGGCCGCCGUGCUCACCAUGCAGGGCCUCGGCUGCGUCUCCAGCCGGGAAGUACCCUCCGCCAGGAACGAGCCCAGGCUGAAGGUCGAGAAGGCAGUCAAGUACUACAUUUUCACCAGGGACGCUCCGGCCGGACUGCGGUUCGAGCUGGACUCGCUGGACUCCCUGGCCGCCAACGGUUUCGACGCGUCGCUGUCCACCACCAUCGUGAUCCACGGCUACGGCCACGACAUCACGGACCCCCUCUUCGCCAACGUCGCCGCAGCGCUGCUGGCCGCGGACGCGCCGACGAACGUGCUGGGCGUGGACUGGGGCGUGCUGUGCCCCAAGCCGCUGUACCUGACGUCGCGCUCGCACGUGCAGGGCGUCGGCGAGACCGUGGCGGCGCUGGUGCAGCUCCUGGUGGACAACGGGCUGGCGCGCCUCGCCGACGUGCACCUCAUCGGACACAGCCUGGGCGCGCACGUGGCGGGCGUCGCGGGCAAAGUCAACACAGUCGGCCGCAUCUCAGGCCUGGACCCCGCGAUGCCGCUGUUCUUCGACUCAUCACCGGACCGCCUUCGGCCGACGGACGCCGACUUGGUGGACGUGAUCCACACGUCGGCGGGAAGGCUGGGCUACCGGGACCCCACGGGUCACGUGGACUUCUACCCAAACGGUGGCACCGUGUCCCAGCCGGGCUGCGGGGGCCUGUUCGCGGACGGCCUGCUGGGGAGCUGCAGCCACCGGCGCGCCCACGAGCUGUACGGCGCGUCCAUCGGGAACCGCGCGGCCUUCCCCGCAAAGCAGUGCGACUCCUUCAAGAAGGCCAUCGCCAACCGCUGCACUGACGAGGGUGGGCCCUCCGUCAACAUGGGGUACUACCUCAACGCGUCCACGCCACAGGGAGUUUACUACCUCACCACUACCGGAACGAAACCUUACACGAACUAGCGAGACUGCGGGUCGUCGCGUCCCCACCAGCACGAGUGCAACGGGCACGUGCAUCAACCUGACUCGAAUCCUUGAAAUUUGUGAAUACAUACAUACAGUUUCGGAG